AUGGCCUCGCAGGAGUCCUUGGAGGCAGCAGUGGAGAUACUCCACAACAUGCAACGCAUUCGGAAGAACGUAAAGGCCGUUGUGAUGCAUUUGGAGGGUGUGCCUGGACCAGACAGCCUGCACAGCUACGCACUCGCAAGUGGCGCUUUUCUUGUGGGGCUGCGUGCAAUCAGUGUGCCGAUUAUUUUGGCAGCGUGGGGAAGGAUUUCAGGACCAUCAUGGAACUUGGUUUUGGCAUGCGAUUACCGCAUUGCGGCUUUGGACGCUGAUUUCAUUUUGCCGAUUAUCUCUCCACCAGAAUGCCUGGGGGAGCUUGUGGGCCAAGCUGUCGCGGCACAGCUUUCCAUCAGCAGCGGCACCCUCGAUUCCCAGGGUUUGCAGGAGCUCGGCAUUCUGAACCAGGUCAGGCCGAGCAGAGAAGAAACAUGCCGAGCUGCCAGCGAGCUGGGCAAGAGAAUUGCUGGAUUUCCAGGCAUUGCGUGCCGGCAGACUAUGAGCCUGUUGAGCGUCCCUCCUGUGCGCUAUGUUUCUGUCGGAGCAAGCAAGCUGCCAGACCCGGACCUCUUCGCUUAG